AUGGCGACACAGAGAGCUCUUCCACAAAGCAAAGAAACUCUGCUGCAGAACUAUAACAAGAGGCUGAAAGAUGACAUCCGGUCGAUUCUGGACAACUUCACAGAAAUCAUCAAAACUGCCAAGAUAGAAGACGAGACGCAGGUUUCUCGAGCAACUCAAGCUGAGCAAGACCAUUAUGAGAUGCAUGUACGAGCGGCUAAUAUUGUUCGCGCUGGCGAGUCGUUGAUGAAGCUGGUGUCGGAUUUGAAGCAGUUCCUGAUCCUGAACGACUUCCCUUCGGUGAACGACGCCAUCAGCCUGCAGAACCAGCAACUGCGUUCGCUGCAGGAGGAAUGCGACAAGAAGCUGACUUCCCUACGUGAUGAGAUCGCCAUUGACCUGUACGAACUUGAGGAAGAAUAUUACUCCUCCAGGUACAAAUAG